CGCAAAAAUUCGUCCGAAUGACUUGUACAUGCCAUCACGCCCAGUGCCUCCAACCAUGCCAGAAGAGGAAGAAUUGGCAAGUAAAACCAAUCGCCGCUUAACACAAAAAGAUCCAAAGUCGCUUUGGAAAGCGUUGAAGAAGUCUACCAUCGGAAGUGGAAGCUCGAAGCCGAACUCGGUCGAUUUAAUGGGACCUCCGACUGAAUCCUUGGACAAAUCCUUGGGCAGGGCAACUGCCGGUGGUGGUAUGCGAUAUCCUACCGCUAAUCGUCCCGCCAUGUAACUAGAUUCAAGACUCAUCUCGCCUAGCUUACACAACAUACAAUCCACGAUGAAAAAAUAUCAGUCCCCGUGCACAACUUUCCAUUACAUAUCUGCAAUGACCUAUACGAAGGUUUUGAAAACUCCUUCUAUAAUCCUACUGAUAGAGCUUUUUCAGUCUCAUCUCUAUUUCUUGAAGGCAGCUUACUUCUUUCAACAUGUAUAGCGCAAGGCGCUUUUCAUGGCCUUGAGCCACCGCAUUCUUCUUUCUUGCACUCAUUGCUUCACGCUCUCUUUAUUCAAAAUUGUUUCAUUUACUGUUUACUUGAUUAAAUAAUUUUCUUCCUUUGAUUGUUAUCUGCAUCAACAUCCACUAUCCUUGUAACGAUUGUAAUCAAUACUGACAUCGCGG